AGUAUAUGGGCUUUCAUCCCGAAACUAGCCGACGGCAUGUUUGUCCAGGAAUCAGCCACGCAUCACAUUUUGGCCGGAUUUAGGGUACAAGUCAUCUCUUUGUAUAACUCAGGCUAGAAAUUUUAGGUCGAAUUGAUUUUGGUAGUCGCCACCUUGUAAAGCAAUAAUGUAAUUGACUCUGCGUUUUGGAGGGAGCAUUUUAGUGGCUGAUGAACGAUCCGUGAUGCUGACUCGGAUUAUGAGAGCCUUGUUUCGGCUCAGAUCUUACCCCGCGCAUUUGGAGACUUAAUAUUUCCCGCAAAGAUUCCGUGUACAACAAUGAUGAAGAUUGGAGUUAUUUUGUUCCCUGGAUUCCAGAUUACUGACGCGUUUGGGCCGUAUGACACGUUCUAUUUUGCCAACAAUGCCAUGCGGUCGCGUGGACAACCCGGCAUCUCCGUCUGUCUACUAGCGGAAACCUGUGACCCGACCACUUCAAGACCACACAAUAUUGAAGGGGCCUUCGGUACUGAAGUUUUGCCAUCUUACUCUUUCGUGGAUGCCCCAAAGGAUAUUGAUGUACUUCUUGUCCCUGGUGGCCAGGGUGUGCGGGCAACGGAAUCAUCCCAAGCAGCAGUCGACUUCGUCAAGGCGAGGUAUCCAACUCUCAAGUACCUCUUGACUGUGUGUACUGGCGCGGUCCUAGCUGCAAGGGCAGGCGUUCUUGACGGGAAGCGCGCGACAUCCAAUAAGCGAUCUUUCACCUGGGUUGUCUCUCAGAGCGACAAAGUUACCUGGAUAAGAGAGGCUAGAUGGGUUAUUGACGGCAACAUUUACACAUCUUCUGGGGUUUCCGCAGGAAUCGACAUGACAUUUGGAUUUUUGCGAGACAUUUUUGGCGACGAGAUUGCUGAUGCCGCUGCAAGAAAUAUGGAAUAUUCGCCGAACAUGGAUGCAAACGCCGACCCCUUCUGUUAAUGAUCAGCACAUACUGCGUAAGAUGUAUUAUUUGAUAGACAAUUUAAUUAUAAUAACCAGACAAUAAAUACUUGUAGUUCAAAUCUCCCACAUUGGAUAAUUUACUCCUUCUUCCACACUGGCGAUUGGCAUCCGUAGUAAGUUGCGACCGUUCCACCUGGGCCAAACACUGAAAUCAACCCUUCGAUAGCAGCCCAGCUUCCCAUACCUGAAGUGGCAAGAGCGGCAAGAGCAUAGAUCAGACAAGGGACACUGACGUACCAACACUUGACAAAGCCACGGGUCCAUCUCUUAAUUCCCGAGUCGUGUUGGAUCACUUCGCCAGUCUCUGGGCUGUAGCCCUCGCCAGGCAGGGUGGAGUUUGUGUGAAUUAGCCAGCCGAGGAAGCACAUUGCAGGAAGUGAGUAGCUGAAGUUGACUCCAAACAAUCCACCAACAAGAUUCACAAUGCCAUUGAGAUUGGGCACGGCAGCGGCGAGCAUGAAUGCGAUGGCCCAAUAGAUGGGACCCAGGGCAUACCACAUCCAACGGCCCCGUUUGCUUGCAAUGGGAGGGAAUUUGAAGACCUCUUGGAAAACCUCGAUGUAUACCGUUUUCAUACCCACAUGAAAGUAAAGAA